UCCGUUUCCAGAUUAUGCUGUGCGGUCGGUCACAUUAUCCAAUUCGAAAAAAGCCACCAAAACAAUUCUGGGCUCAAUUGCAGCCACCUUCACCAAAUGGCUUUGCUCAACGCUUCAUUAUGUUGUUCUUCCACUUCCCGAAUUCCUUCCAGACCUCACCUUCCUCUUCCUCUCUCCGUUGCCGCCCAUUCCUCACCUCUCCCACUUUCUUCUCCUUUCUCCUCAAUUCCUUUCAUUUCAACCACAAAUAUGAAGGUAUUCAACCAACAAUUGGAAGCUACGCGGCAUUUGGUUCUUUCCCUUGGUGAAUCCGCCUCAAAAGCCUCCUUCCUCGCUUUCCUUUCCGCCUCUUUGUUCCUCGCCGACCCUGCCCUAGCUUUCAAGGGCGGAGGUCCUUAUGGCGCUGGGGUCACUAGAGGUCAGGAUCUCUCUGGGAAAGAUUUCAGUUGGAAGACGUUAAUCAAGCAAGAUUUCAAAACGUCUAUUUUACGGCAAGCUAAUUUUAAAGGUGCGAAGUUAUUAGGUGCUAGCUUCUUUGAUGCUGAUUUAACAGGGGCGGAUCUUUCAGAUGCUGAUCUUAGAGGUGCAGACUUUUCUUUGGCCAAUGUUACCAAGGCAAAUUUAAGCAAUGCCAACUUAGAAGGUGCACUUGCCACAGGAAAUACCUCUUUCCGUGGAUCAACAAUAAACGGAGCUGACUUCACAGACGUGCCUUUGAGAGAGGAUCAGCGGGAGUACCUUUGCAAAGUUGCAGAUGGGGUGAACCCAACAACUGGAAAUGCAACCCGGGAGACCCUGCUCUGUGAUUGAGACUUGAAUUAUAAGAGAAAGCUAUUGAGGUACAAGAACUGUAUAGAUCAACUUAAAAAUGUAAAGUUCUUAAUAACCAUAUCAGUAUCCAAUCCAUUGAGUUCAAUUUUGUCAAUCA